AUGUAUAGUCUGUUUACACUGAGACCUUCAACUGGUGUUUUUAUGGGAUAUUAUUUGGUACUGUGCAUAUAUUACAGCGCAAGAGUGCUACUCUUUGAUAAAUUUUUAUGCGUUAUUAGUAAUUUGCUCUUGCAGAAAUUUUACAUGAACUCACAAGUUAUUGCACAGUUUAUUUCGCACGAUGACACUCCGCUAGGAAGUGUUCUUCAACUGCCUGUGAGCAUAACACUUGAAUCGCUUAGACUGCUUCUUCCCCCAAAUACAGAGGAAAAAGAGAGAAUGCGUAUGUUUAUAUAUGGGUCAGAAAUUAUAACUACGCUUGAGGAGGCACACAAAAAGGAGAAGGUAGAGAACGAGGAAAUCUUAAAGAUAUACUGCUACCCGGAUGACCCUCCAAAGAAGACAAGAGCCCCAGGAUAUCUUGCUUCAUCUUGCUCUGGGCACACAGCUGCAGUUCUGAGUGUGAAGCACAGCCCAUGCAAACAGUACGUGUGCAGUGCAUCCGGAGAUGGAACUGUGCGUUUCUGGAGUGCGUCCACAAAGACCCCAAUUAAAUCUAUAAAGAUAUUCCAGCACUGGAUCCAGUGCAUUGAGUUUUCUCCUGACUCUAAGUGGUUGGCUGCUGGAUCAAUGAACGGCGGAGUCUCUCUAAUUAAAAUGGAAGAUAUGUCUGUUGUCUACUCUAAAAAAGUCCAUAAGGACGGGGCCACUGCCAUUUCAUGGCGUGCAGAUAGCGAAGUGUUUGCCACCGCGUCAAGGGAUUGCAGUGCUGGUGUGUGGGAUGCAAAUGGCCACGUGCGAAGUAUUUUCCACGAGAAGCCUGUGAUAUCCGUCGGAUACUUUGGAGACUAUCUUCUUUCCGCAGGAAGAGACACAAAUAUAAAAGUGACAUACGAGACGGGCGCAGUUGUGCAGGUACUUAGAGGGCACAUUCUGUGGGUUACUGGCCUGGCAGUGCACAAUGGAAAAGAUCUGGGGAGAUACCUUAAGAAGUCAGACGGCAUAGAAACAGGCGCAGGAAAGAGUUUCUUUGUGAGCAUGAGCGACGAUAAGACAGCCGUCAUGUGGAGGCCAUCGUGGACUGAGAGCGGCGAGUGGGAAUUCUUGCCCUCUCGCAAGCUGACAGGACAUAAAGAUAUACUGACAAGCGUAAGUAUCUCAUCCAAUGGCGCGUAUAUAUCAACUUCCUCUUUUGAUAAAACAGUAAAGCUAUGGACGUCUGUCAAUGGAUACCUAGCACAUACCUUCAAGUCACACACACUCCUAGCAUACCAGACAGCCUUUUCUUCUACAGGAAACCUUCUUGUCUCUUGCUCUGCGGAUAAAACCGUCAAGGUGUACUCGGUUGAAAAGAAAACCCUUCUGUCUGACUUUGUGUGCAAGGACCAGGUAUUUGCAAUAGACAUAAAAGAUGGAAUGAUUGUAGCUGGAGGAAAGGACAAGCUAGUAUACUUCUUUGUAUGA